AUGACUGAAAUUCCCAAAUCAAUUAUAACAGCUUUAACAAAAUAUCAAGAUAGACCAUUUAUUUUAUAUCUUGAAAAAGAUUUAAUCCAAUUUAUAAAAAAUUCAAUAUUAGGAAAUAUAAAACAACCAGAAUAUGUUAUACAAGCUCAAUAUUUAAAAAAUUCUUAUUAUAGAUUAUUAAGUCAUCAAUUAUGUCAAUAUUAUCAACUACAGCAUUGGAAUAAUCAACAAAAUGAAAUUGUAGUAACACCUUCUGAGAAUUUUGAUUAUAAAUCUUUUGUUUUGGUGAUUGAAGAUAAUGAAAGUGAAUUUAAAAGAAUAAGUGAUGUUGCUCAUGAAUAUCAAGCAGAACAUUCACCAAACGUAUCACAUAGUCAUAGUCAUAGUCAUAAUCAUGAUCAUAAUCAUAAUAAUAAUCAUCAUGUUAAUGAAACUACAAAUGGUGGCAUAAUAGAGAAUCUGAAGAUUGAUAAUAACCCUCAAAACAAUAGUGAAGAAUUGAAUAAUUUAAAUAAUGGUGUCAAUCCAAAUGAAACCACAAAACCAAAGCUUAUCGUCAAAAAAAUAAUAAAUAAACCAUCAUCACAAUCUGGAAAAGACAAUCAAGACACUAGUAAGAUAGAAAACAAAUUAUCAGAUUUGAAAAUUGAUGAAAAUGCCAAUAAUGAAGCUACUGCAACUAUAUCCGAGGAUUCGGAUGUUUCUUCAACAACUGACUCAACAACGAAAUCUACCAUUGAAAGUCAAAGAGCAUCAAAAGAAGCAUUGUAUAAAAAAUUGAGGGAAGAGAUAUUUUUGAAAGAAGAUGAAGAUCAAGAAGGAGAAGACGGAGAAGAUGAACAAGUUGAACAAGAAGAACAAGAAGAUCAAAAUGAAGAAGAGAUUGAACAAGACAAUUCUCAUCAGAUAGAGUACAAACAGUCGGUACCAAACUUUACGAAACAAAAUAACUUUAAAAACAAAUAUAACAAUGUAAAUAACCAGCGAUAUAAGAAUGGUAACUAUAAUCAAUAUUACAAUUCUAAUCAUCAAAACAGUUACAAUAAUCGUCAUACAAACAAUCAUCAUCAACAACAUCAGCAUCAAUAUCAAAUGCCAAUACAAUUCUCAUAUCCACAAAUGUAUUCACCCCAAGGUUUAUCUCCAACAAUUCCACAAGGACCAAUACUAUAUAACCCUUAUUUCCCCAAUCAACCACAAGCAAUGAUUCCACAAACUUAUGCUGCUUAUACUACUUUCCCAACUAUGCCCCAUCAUCAACCUCCACCACCUUAUGAUAAAGAAACAGAAAGAAGAAUUUUAAAUAAUCCAUAUAUAAUUUUACCAGGUGAUGAUGGGUCAAAUGAUAAAUAUAAAACAAAUGGAUCAAAUAAUUAUAAAAAUCAACAAAAAUCAAAAAAGAUUUAUAAUUCUAACUUAGAUUCAAAUGGAAAUCGUAAUGGGUUUAAUAAAGGUAGUACAAAGCAGUGA